UAUCCUAAUCGUGACAUUUUUUCUCAGGGACACUCUUCAUUUUGUGUGUGAACAAAAACCCUUUAUACGCACCAUACUUUAAAAGUAUUCAGCUGAAAGGACGCCAAAGCGUGCAGCGUUUCAACACCACACUUCAGACCACAGACAGGGUGCAAAGAAAAGUAAGUGCCUUUCAGUCCAGAUGUCGUCCUCCUCUGCGACCUCCUCUGUCCUCCUAAAUACGGGGGUUCAGAUGCCCCUCCUGGGUUUGGGGACCUAUGAACUGCGUGAAUUUGAGGAUGUCUCCAGAGCUGUGGAUGCUGCCCUGGCUUCUGGUUACCGGGCUUUUGACAGCGCAGCUAUUUACCAGAAUGAAGUUGAAUUGGGCCGAGCCCUGAGGGAGCUGCUGCCAAAACAUGGCCUGACCAGAGAGGAUGUAUUCAUAACCAGUAAACUGAGCCCAAAUGAUCAGGGUGAUAAGGCCAUGCAGGGAGCUUUAAGCAGUCUGUCUCAGCUGGACUUGGAUUACAUUGACCUCUACCUGAUCCACGAGCCUGGCACAGAGGGACUGGAGGUGACUGACCAACGCAACCCAGUCAACAGAGCCCAGAGCUGGGUCACACUGGAGGAGCUGCAUGCACAGGGAAAGCUGAAGGCCAUCGGAGUGUCCAACUACACACCGGCACACAUGAGGGAGCUGAUGCAGAGCUGCAAGGUCCCUCCUGCAGUGCUACAGGUGGAGUUCCACCCACAAAUGUGCCAGGCAGAGUUGAGGAGUGUGUGUGAGGAGUUUGGAGUGUGUUUCCAAGCUUACUCGUCUUUAGGGAUAGGAAACCUGCUCACUCACCCUGUGAUCAUGGAGGUGGCAAAGAACUGUGAACGUACACCUGCACAGGUCUUGUUGCGUUGGGCGGUGCAGCAGGGUGUCUCGGUGAUCCCUAAGUCCUCACAUCCAGACAGAAUAAAAGACAACGCCAGGCUCUUUGACUUUACACUGAGCGACGCAGACAUGAACAGACUGUCAGCUUUGGACUGUGGACACAAGUACUGCAUUGAUUCCACAGAGUUGGUCCUUUAAACCACAAGUGGGAUACUUGUUGACUUCAAUGAUGCCUUAUUACUUAUUUUACAUUUUCCCUCCCAACUCUUCUUAUCUGGUAACUGCAGUUAAUAAUAAACAGUGCCAACAGUGUACUAAUAGUCCAGUACACUUGAAUGUAGCUUAUCAGUAGCUGUAGUGUGUGAUCAGCAUUUGGCAAUAUAGUGAUUCUAAGAUACUGUAUGUCCAGUUAGAUCAUUUAAGGGACAGGAGACAAAGGUGUUCUGAUAAUCUCCUGAAAACAGAAUAAGAGAAAGAAAGAGACAUAAAAUAAAGACGGAGCAACUUAAGAAAUAAGAAGUAAUAAUGAAUAAAUUCACUGUGAAAACGCACAAUUAAUUUCAUAAAGAAGAUUGGGAGUGCACAACUUAUUUGAAUACUGCCUAGGAAGGCAACAGGUUCCAUAAUUACCUUCAGUUAUUAGCUGAACCUGUGUCUUUCUAUCACUUUCUCUCCACUGUUGAAAUAUGUGAAAUGUAUUAUAAAAUGUUCACAACACACUAUUAUCAUUAUUCAGUGGUAGCAGUUCCAGUUUUGGUGGCUUGUUUUAAUAUAAAGCUGAUUAUAAUCAGUGACAGUAAAGUACCAGCAUUGAAAGGCUUUGACGGUUGAGCUCAAAAAUAAAACCUCUGC